UUCCAAUUGACAGAAACAGAACGAGUGAGAGAGAACCAACAAAGAAACCUCACGCAACUUUCAUUUAUGUCGUUGCUUAUUAUUCCAAUUCUCCUUUAGUUUUCAACGAAAGAACUUUCUCAUUCAACUCUUGACAAAUUCAAAAGGCAAAAUAACACCGUGUGAAAGAAUAGGAAUCGAUCAUUUAUAAAAGGAAACCCACCACCAUCAACAAUGAUGCCUCCUCCACCACGCUCUUCCACAACAUUAUACAGCCAACAACAACACGAAGCACAAGACGAAUUUGUUGUUGAAGAGGAGGCUACGGAAGCCAACAUGACGACAACGACAACAACAAGAGCAAAAACACCCUUAUCGGAGAUUGUAGAGGCGUUUGAGGAGCUAGCAAAAUCUCUGAAUUCUCGGAGGAUCAGAAAUUCAGACAAAGGAGCUGGAGGAGAGCUUAGAUUGGAUGCGUUCUCUAAAACAUGCUCUUUGGUCUCUGUUCUUUUCAGCUGCCUCGGUCUUGCCUUUCGAUUCGCCGAGUCCGAGUACGUUGCCAAGGUGCGUGAUCUUGUGGAAGCAUCGAAGGAGUAUAACACUUUACAAACUAUACUCGAUCUAGAUGUUGCAAAUGGCACAGUAAGAACAUCAGGCAGUCAUUCACGUAAUUUACGUCGAGUCAGGCAGGGUCUUGACCUUAUCAGGGCUUUGUUUGAACAGUUUCUGUCUACAAAUGAUUACUCUUUAAGAGAAGCAGCAACAACAGCUUAUUCACAAGUUUGUGCACCAUACCAUACAUGGGCUGUCAGGACAGCGGUUUAUGCUGGCAUGUAUACUCUUCCAACUAGGGACCAACUUCUACUGAAUCUCAAUGAAACUGAACAUUCAGCAGAGAAGAACAUGAGAAGGUAUAUCAAUGCUUCACUUCCAGUCAUCGAGUAUAUUGAUAGGCUUUACAUUUCCAGGAAUAUCCGCUUGGACUGGUAAUUUUGACCUGUUACGGGAAUGUCACCUAAUGCAAGGGUUUUCUGACUUGGCUGCAUUCCUAUGGCAGCUAUUUCGAGUCAGUCGUUCUGACUUACUCAGGCAGUUGCUAAGCAUUCUCCGGUUGACAGCAGCUGUAGUCGAUAUCUAUUUUUUAAUGGAGAAAGAACAUCACAUGAUUUGUAAAUAAAUAGCUGUCUCGAAACAAUAAUUUUAUGUGCCGGGCAAUGCGAUGGCCAGUGCAACACAAUCGUAUUGUUGACGGAAUGUCUGUUGGUUAUUAAUCACCAACAAAAUCAUAAGAUUAUGUAAUAUCAUAGUUAGCAAUAGAUCAAACACUACUUGAAUCCUUCAGCAAUAUGUUAGAUUGUCUGGUGGCUUAACCUUGAACCACCAUAAAAUCGAGGGAAGGCUUUGUUAAGGAUGUUAAGGACACAGUCGUAGGGAAGGCUUUGUCUUCGCUUGCGUUGUCUGGUGAAUCAGAAAAGCUCAAUGCAAAUGACCUCUUGACUGGGAUUCAGAACGUAGCAAAUGACUUCUUUAAGUUUCUGUCCAAGAGAUGUAGUUCUGGUAGUGAAUGUGAAUUUUUUUUUCUCGAA